CUCGCAAAGUACUAUAACUACUUAGUGUGUGUGAGGUAUUAAUAUGAUAUUUUUAAACGGAUCUCGUAACGAAUGUCGAAAAAUAAAUAAAUUUAUAUAAUGUGGAUCUCGCAGAGUACUAUAACUACCUAUUGUGUGUGAGGUAUUAAUACGAUAUUUUUAAACGGAUCUCGUAAGACGUGAAAUCAAUUAUCAGUAAUCAGUAAUCACUUCGAUCGCCUAGUGUCGUACUGUAACAACGUGUUGUUCUGUGUUAAUGUUUUAAGCUUCUACACAUUUUGUCUUUAACUCCCAACGUGAAAUAGUUGUGCUCUUUAGUUCUUUUAAAUUAUCUUUUAUUAAAAUUAUGCAUACAAGAAAACAGCGUUUUGAUAUGGAGGAACAUUUUAAAGAUUGGUUAGCAGUACGUUUUAAGGAUGAUAAUGUAUUAUAUAUGUGCCCAAACACAAACAUAACAGCAAAAAUUGGAUCUUAUAUUAAGAUUAAAUGGAUGGACGGUUAUAAAUAUAAAGCAAAACUAUUAAAGAAAGGAAAUCAAGAAGAUGUUAAACAUUUUCUUUCUGAGAUGGGUGAACAAUUUGAGAUACAUAAAACUGUGUUAAAUGUAACUGAUCAAAACAAAGAUCAUAAUGAUAAAAUUUCUAAAACUAUUACAAAUAUUCAAUUGGAUGAAAUAAAAAAUACAGAUUGUAAAAAUGCAUUAUAUGAGACGACAAUUAACACACAUGGUGGCCAACAAAAUGAAAUUGAAAACUUAUUACCAAUGGCCAAUCUUUCUAACGAAGGUUGUAACAAUUCAUUAUUUGAGACGAUAACUGACAUAAAUGAUUACCAAAAAAAUGAAAAAUCUAAUGAAAUUGCAAACUUAGUACCAAUGGAAAAUCUUUCUGACGAAGCAAGUUUUAAAUUAAACAAAUUCUUUGGAACUAAUCAGUCUAAUACAACCACUGAACAAAUUCUUCUUCCGUGUGAUGACGAUGAAUUUGAAAAAAACCUAUCUGACGGUUUCAGUUCCUAUGAAGAACAUGAUUCAGGUUCCGAAUAUCUUCCAUAUGGUGAAAAUAAAUCAGACAAAUCAGUUGCGUCACAGCAGAUUCCAAGUUCAUCUCAUGUAAUGGACUUAUCAUUCAGCACGUCAUUAUUAGAUGAAAUGAAUAGUUCUAAAUCGGAAAAAUCAGUUGGUACAGAGCUUGUACCUAGAACAUCGCAUAUUAUGACGUCAUCAUUCACGACCACAGUAUUAGAUGAUAUUAAUAGUUUUACAUCUGAUAAACUAGUGGCUCCAGAGCUUAUUCCAAGUUCAUCUGAAAUAUACGUAUCAAUGAAUACUGUGCCAAUGAAAACUGUUUCCAGAAAUUUUAGUUUAGUUGCGGAAGUAGAAAAAAGUAAGAAAUCAAAUUUAACAAACAAACGUAUUUGGGAUAAAUUAGAUCAUUGCCUUUUUUGUGAAACUGAUGUUACAAAUUUUACAAGGCACAUAAUUAGAAAACAUAAGUCCGAAAUUGAAGUAUCAAAAUAUGAAGCAUUACCCAAAGGCUCAAAAGAAAGAUUAGCUUUGGCCGAUUCUCUAAGAAAACGCGGAAAUUUUUUGAAUAAUGUUGCAGGUAAUAAAAUUAAGCCAGUCCGUCGCCCAUAUGAAUUUAGUACUUCAUCAGUUAUAGCUGGUGACUAUUUACCCUGCAAGUAUUGUUAUGGUAUGUACAAAAAAAAAUAUUUAUCGCGUCAUAUAACAGUAUGUUCAAAAUAUGUAAAAACUGAUAAAGAAAAAACAUGCAAAGCUCAGUCAAGUGGACAAAAUAUGUUGGUGGCAUUUAUCGGAAAUAACAAACAGCUCGAAGAAACGGUAUUUCCAAGAAUGGCGAGCGAUGAAAUCUCUUUUGUGGCAAAAUCUGACCAGCUAAUAACUUCAUUUGGAACUCGUUAUCUCAAAAGUCACAAAGAAAAACAUUUAAUAGCAGUUGUUUCACAGAAAUUAAGGACGUUAGCCAGAUUUUUGAUAGCCAUGAGAAGUGAAAAUAGUUCAAUUUCUACCCUAAAAGAUUGUCUUUUACCUCAUCAUUUUGAUCUUGUGAUAAAAUGCUCAAAAAAAGUUGCAAGAUACGAUGAAAAAAACGAUAGCUUUGGUUCACCAUCCGUCAUUUUGAAACUUGGUCAAAUGCUUAAACAGUGCUGCGAUUUGGCUGAAUUUUUAUUUUUAAAGCAGAGUGAUAGUUUAAGUCCUGACACAUCUCAAAAAGAAAGAGAAUCCAUCAACAAUUUUAAAUACAUGAUAGAAAAACAGUGGUCUUUUGAACUUUCAACUAACGCAUGCAAGGAAAUAUAUCAAAAUAAGUGGAACAAGCCAGCUAUACUUCCGUUGACAUCAGACAUUAAAUUAUUUAGAGAUUACAUUAUUAGUGUGGAAAAAGAGGCGUAUCACUCACUUAAAUUAAAUCCAGAUAAUAUGUCAGCGUUUAAAGAGCUCCAAGAAAGUAUAAUGGUACAAAUUGUAUUGCUUAACCGGCGUAGGGCUGGAGAAGUGCAACGUAUCCUAUUAGAUACUUACAUCAAUGCACCGUCAGAAGUUUCUCAGGAAGAAAUUAGCCAUGCGCUGUCUCCGGUUGAAUUAGAACUUACUAAAAGUUUUAAAAGAAUAGUAAUCCGCGGAAAGCGUGGACGAGGUGUUCCAAUUUUGUUCACAAUACAUCAGCAAAAGCGUUUGACUUUUUUAUUGAAACUUAGAGAAUCUGCUAGCUUUAUAAACAAUGAAAACCCAUUCUUAUUUCCUUUAACACAAUGUUCUACUAGUUGUAUGAGAGCUUCUGAUGUUAUUCGAAAAUUUGGUCAAAAAUCUGGGGCAGAGCAUCCGGAAAAUAUUACUUCAACUCGUCUGAGAAAACACGUUGCCACGGUUUCACAAUUGCUCAAUUUAUCUGAUGGCGAUAUAGAACAACUUGCAACAUUUAUGGGUCAUACGAAAGACAUUCACAAACAUUUUUAUAGACUGACUGAUAAUGCAUUUCAGGUAGCAAAAGUCAGCAAACUGCUGUUACUCAUGGAAAAAGGCGAGGGCCAGAAGUAUCGCGGGAAGACUUUAGAUGAGAUCAACAUCAGUGCUAAUGAUUUAGUUUCUGACGAAGAUGAAAAUGAAGCGGAUGAUGAUUUACAAGAAAAGGACUCCUCCCCAGACCUCGAUCUAAUAAAUGAAUUAAAUACAGAAGAACCACGUUCAGUUAUAAAAAAACAAAUGUUAAACAAAAAUAUUAAAAUUAUACCGUGGACCGACAAUGAAAAACAAAUAAUGACUAAACAUUUUAAAAAUAACAUUUUUUUAAAUAAAGCUCCCAAAAAACAUGAAUGUGAAAAUUUUGCAAAACAAAAUAAAAUUAAUAAGCCUUGGAAAAAAAUAAAAGAUUUUGUGCACAAUGCUGCCAAUAGCUAUAAAAAUAAAAAUUUGAAGUAAUAAUCAUCAAGUAAUAUUACUAUUUACUAUGUUAUUAUUCAAUUUUUUGCAAGCUGGUUAAUUUUAUAAUAAAUACAGAUAUAA